ACAGCGCUGUCAGCGACUGACUGCAUCAGUACCCUAAUAGCAAACUGGGGCAGGGGGGGUGCUUCUUUUCGCCCUUUUGUUUUUGUCUCAGCUCAUCGAUACUGCUAUGAUGAAACUAUGGGCAUUCUUUCUACUGGAAUUUUUACUGUUGCCGGCAGAUAAAGAAGAAAACAAACUAGUGCUUGUUAAGAAAUUGGUACGAUCUUAAGAGAAAUGCUUUUAUGCUUUGUGAAAGAAAACUGAAGAGAUCAUAAAACCAAAAUUGUCACAACUCACAACACUACUUUUUUGAGAUGAAGGAAAUUAUCCGGUUUUGAACAUUCACAUGUGAAUAUCUACUACCAAAAAGAUUCCUACUACGGCUCAAGAUUCCUAAAACACUAGAUCUUAUGCGGCAAUACUAGUUGGUGAUGGAUGCUGAUUUUGAAAAGAAAAGGUGAUGUUAGUGGGAGCGGUUAAGGUUGGCCAUGAGCAUAAAUCAUGAGAGAGCAGUGUCUUAAAUCAGGUGAGAUAGUCUUCUGCUUUCCUUUUCCUUGAGCAUGAAUUGGACAGGGACCACUGGGUUGAGGAACUGGACAGGGAAUCGAAAAGGCAUGGCUGGGAGUAUAGUAAAAGUUUGCAAGGUGUGCCUGAAGCACAAUUAACAAUAAUGGAGGCCACAUGCCUUCAAUGCUACUCAAGGAGAAUUUAGCCACCCAGAUGAUUCGAUGUUGAUUUUCCCUUGGCCGUCACUUAAGAUUGUGCUAUCCUGUUCGUGGUUAUUUCGGAAUUUAGCUCCAUUUAUCACUGGCAUACAUACGGGUUUGAACCCACAGGAGUUGUCAAAUCCAGAGGUCACACUCGAGCGACCGUAAAAUCCUAGAAGCAAUUUUUGCACAAAAGAAAUAAAAAAACUAAAAAGAACAAAGUAACAUCAACACUGAUGUAGUUCAUCUUCCCUAUGAUAUAAAGAGGGGAGAGGGUCAAAGAAACUAACCUUUGGCUCUUUGGGAGAGCAUGAGCACAACCGGCGUCGGCGUGGACGAUGUUCAAGACUUGAAGCACUUUUUUCGCACAAAUUUAUGGCACAUCUUGACAUCCAAGAAUUCGAUCUUGUUGCCACGGCAAAACAGUUGGAGACAUGUCUGGCGAAGUCGUCGAGCUGGGCAGCGAUGUGACCGACCUCAAACCAGGCGACAAGGUCAUCUCCAUCAGCUUCCCGACUGGCGGCGGGCUCGCGGAAUACGCGGUGGCGCCGGCGUCGCUUACGGUGGCACGGCCGCCGGAGGUGUCCGCGGCCGAAGGCGCCUCUCUGCCGACGGCCGCGUCCACCGCGCUCCAGCAGCUGAAGGCCGCGGGGGUCAGCAGCUUCGACGGGUCCGGCGGCAGCAACGGCCCCAGGAACGUGCUGGUCACCGCGGCCUCCGGCGGCGUCGGCCACUACGCCGUGCAGCUGGCCAAGCUGGCGGGGCUCCACGUGACGGCCACCUGCGGCGCGCGCAACCUGGGCUUCGUCCGGGGCCUGGGCGCCGACGAGGUGCUGGACUACAAGACCCCCGAGGGCGCCAGGCUGCAGAGCCCCUCCGGCCGGAAGUACGACGCGGUGAUGCACUGCGCGCCGGCCACCCCGUGGUCGGUGUUCGCGCCGGUGCUGGCCGACGAGGCCCCGGUCGUCGACGUGACGCCCGGGAUCGCCGCCGCCGCCAAGUCGUUCCUGCAGAAGGUGACGCUCGCCAAGCAGAGGCUGGUGCCGCUGCUCCUGAUUCCCAGGAAGGAGGAGAUGGAGUGGCUGGCGGACAUGACGCGGCAGGGGAAGCUCAAGACGGUGGUCGACUCCAGGUACCCGUUGAGCCGGGCGCAGGAGGCGUGGGCCAAGAGCAUCGGAGGGCACGCCACCGGCAAGAUCGUCGUGGAAAUGGGAGGCGAGGAGUGAGCCGGCCGGCUGGCCGGCCGCCGGCGUGCGUGCACGGCGAUCUGUGUGAGAACAUGGUGUCGUGGACUCGUGGUGUUGUGUGUGGUCUGUCUGAUUGGAUUUCUAGUGUGGGAAUAAGAAACAAGUUGUGCUGGGCGGCAUCUGAACCAUCAAGUGAUUAACCACGUUGUGUCC